GGGUCGACGCUCGCGAUAUCCCGCGCGAGGCACAGGAGAAGGGUAGGCGCUUGAUUUCUGUUUCGAGCCCGUUCAGUAUUAGCUAUGUGCGAAUCCUCAGUAUCACAGCGAAGGAGAUUCGCGAAAAAAGUUGGAAAAUCGCUGUUGUGAGGAAUUGAAGCUUGACGAGCGUAUACACAAUACACAUUAUUACCUACUUGUACGCACAAGCAAUGCUGCCCAGGGCUUAACGGAACAAGCAUCUGACAAAAUACGGUUUAUAUCACACGCAGAGAGCAUCGCUUUGGACCGAUCAAUCGACUGGUGCAUUGAUAAAGAGAAAAAACGUAGCGAUUAUUAACUGGCAGCAAAGUUGGAACUGAAUCAUGAAAUAUUAACUAGUGGAUAAAAAUUUGCCUAUUAAAUUCCUACAAACAAAAAUCAGCACCACACAAGUCUUAAAGCUAAACUAUGUAUCAGUCAAAUUUUUCACCUCAUGCAAUGGUGCACAUAGUUGGCAAUUAUCAAGCAUCAAACGGACAAUUUAUAUCUCUACCAAGUCAUGCAUUUUUUACGGGUAGUCCUACCAAUAUUCACCAAGAAUUUAUCCAGUUUCCUCGCAAUUCUUCAAAUCACAACUCAGCUGUUAGACAGCGAGUUACACAGCCAGGCUAUCCAAUAGAACUCAUACAUCACUUUCACAUAGAUCCUCAUAAUCCAGUACGUAAUGUUCAUAUGGCAACUGCAAGCUCUAGUUGGUCUCAAAGGUUAAAUUCACCUGGAAGAAUUCCUAACACACCGCAAAGGAUAAAUAUACCUUCUAGUAUAAAUCUUGCACCUGUACAUACCCGCCCAAAUCAUCAAUUUCGAUCGAUUAGUGUGGGACCUGCAAAAAAACACACAUGGAAUAACAACAACAAUAACAACAAAAAUAAUAAUAACAAAAUAAACAAGAGGCAUUCCUACCAUGAUUUGCCUCUUUUAAGGGAGUCAUGUAAUCAGAGUGACAGUGGUGUCAGUUCUCGUUCACCAACUCCUAACAAACAUCACAAAGGAAAUAAUCCAGAUGAUAGCCCAGAUGAUCGUGAAUCAGUUACAUCUGUUCCUGAAGGAAAAUAUCGAAAAAAUCGAACAUUGGAAUCAAACAAUAACAGUGAAGGAAGUUUGGUUUCAAGUAUAUCUUUUAGUAAUUUAUUUCAAGAAUCAACAGAACCUUCUGACAAAGCACAAAAAACUAACACUAAUUCAAAUUCUCAAUCCCAUCCACUAAAUAAUACAAAUAACCAAAACAGGCGGAAAUAUAUUGCAGGACGAACAACUCCUGCAACAGCUCCCAAGUCUCAAAGAAGCAAAAAAUACAAUGUACCAACAAACGAAGUGCACGCUUAUAAUAGGUUUUAUUUUAACCCAGCUGAUAAAUAUCUUGAAAGAUCACAUUUAGUUCAAGUGCAAGAACCCCCACCUCAGUUGUUAACCGGAUCCCCAUAUGACAAAUUAUCUGAAGCUAUAUGGAAAAAAUUUGAAGAAAAUCAACUUACCCGAAGUACUUUCUGCCAUAAAAUGUAUUUAUGGAGGUACCUAUACUUUUACAUUAAGCAAAGGUUUCCCCAGUAUGGUUUAUUCAUGGUAGGUUCAACUCUUAAUGGUUUUGGAACCAAUGCUAGUGAUGUUGAUAUGUGUCUCUUGGUGAGAGAUGCUAAUCCAAUUGAUCCUAGAAAUGAGGCUAUUUAUCGAUUAGGUCAAAUCAUGUCAUGCUUAAGAAAAAGUGAUUUUAUUGGUCAUCUACAGCUUAUUCAAGCCAAAGUUCCUAUUUUAAAAAUACGAGACAAUGUAUAUAACUUGGAAGUUGAUUUAAAUUUUAAUAAUGUUGUGGGUAUUAGAAAUACUCAUUUGUUACAUUGCUACUCACGAAUUGAUUGGAGAGUGCGACCACUUGUGUUAGUUAUAAAAAGCUGGGCUCAAUGCCAAAACAUCAAUGAUGCAAGGCACAUGACUAUAUCUAGUUAUUCAUUAGUACUAAUGGUAAUUCAUUUUUUGCAAUGUGGUGCUAGUCCUGCAGUUUUGCCAUGUUUACACAGUCUUUAUAAGACAAAAUUUCAUCCAAUGUCUGAUAUUCAUAGCAUUGACUUCCAUGAAGAAUUACAUCUUCCAUCGCAUUCACUAAAUCCACGAAAUACUCAGACUCUUGGAGAAUUAUUAAUUGAUUUUUUCAAGUAUUACGAUUCAUUUGAUUUCGAAAAGUAUGCUAUUUCGGUCCGGGUCGCGAACAAAGUACCCAUUGACACAUGUCGGUACGCCAGAGCAAUUAAAAAUGAUCCUCAUCAAUGGAAGUACUUAUGCGUAGAAGAGCCUUUUGACUUGACAAACACUGCCAGAUCAGUUUAUGAUCUUAAUGUCUUUGAAAAGAUUAAAGAAGUUUUCAAGCAGACGCACCAACAAUUAGAAAAAACUAAAGAUUUAAACAGCAUUUUUUCAAAAUUAGAAGCAGAACCCUGAGUAUGUAAUUUUUAGC